AUGCCGCUCCGCGGGCUCCUGCCCCUUUGUCUGCUCUGCCUCCAGGCUGCGCUGCCGCUCCGCGGCCACCGCGGCCGCUACGCCGGUGAUAAAGUCAUACGAGUUGUUCCUGAGAGCGAGAGGGAAACACAGAUCCUGAGGGCUGCAUUCAACAGACUUGAGGUGGACUUGUGGCAGCCCAGCAGCCCCUUCCACAUCGUCGAAGGCACAGUCACUGACGUGCGAGUACCACAGAACACGACCCGAAGCCUGCUGCCCUACCUCCAGCAAGCAAACAUCCAGUACACGAUUCUUAUAUCAGACCUACAGAAAGCAGUAGAAAACCAAACUGGACUGAGGUCGUAUAGGAAUCGAAGGUCCCUCUCUGGGUAUAACUACGAAGUGUAUCACUCCCUAGAAGAAAUCCAGGACUGGAUGCAUCAUCUGAAUAGAACUUAUUCAGAUCUUGUUCACAUGUUCUCUGUUGGAAAAUCCUAUGAAGGGAGACCACUGUAUGUACUCAAGUUAGGUAAAAGAUCACGGCCCUACAAGAAAGCUGUCUGGAUAGACUGUGGAAUUCAUGCAAGAGAAUGGAUUGGCCCUGCCUUUUGCCAGUGGUUCGUGAAAGAAGCUCUUCAGACAUACCAGACUGAUCCUGCUAUGAGAAAGAUGCUAACUCAGCUGUAUUUCUAUAUCAUGCCUGUAUUUAAUGUGGAUGGUUAUCAUUUUAGCUGGACAAAUGAUCGAUUUUGGAGAAAAACAAGAUCAAAGAACACAAGGUUUCACUGUCAUGGUGUUGAUGCUAAUCGCAACUGGAAAGUGAAAUGGUGUGAUGAAGGUGCUUCAUUUCACCCAUGUGAUGACACGUACUGUGGUCCCUUUCCUGAGUCUGAGCCUGAAGUAAAGGCCGUUGCUCAUUUCCUCCGCAAACAUCGGAAACAAAUAAAAGCCUACUUGUCCUUCCAUGCAUAUGCACAGAUGCUGCUGUACCCUUACUCUUACAAGUAUGAAACUAUUCCAAACUUCAGCUGUGUGGAAUCAGCAGCCUAUAAUGCUGUUAACGCUCUUCAGUCAGCCUAUGGUAUAAGAUACAGAUACGGUCCUGCUUCUAGCACUCUGUAUGUGAGUUCUGGCAGCUCUAUGGACUGGGCCUACAAAAAUGGCAUCCCCUACGCAUUUGCAUUUGAGCUGCGUGACACUGGCCAUUUUGGAUUUUUACUUCCUGAGACGUUGAUCAAACCAACCUGCACAGAGACCAUGCUUGCAGUUAAAAAUAUAACUCUUCACUUGCUGAAGAAAUGUCAUUGA